AUGCGGUAUACAAUGCUUGCGUAUACGCUGAUUAUCAGCUGUUUGGUUGGCUCUACAGCACUCGCCUUCCUUUGGUUAUCGCCUUUUACCAAAGUUGAGGAAUCCUUUAACAUACAGGCAGUUCAUGAUAUACUAAAGUAUGGGGUGCCUUCUGUGGCCGACCCUUUACCUGUCCUCAACCAAUAUGACCAUGUCAGCUUCCCUGGUUCUGUCCCGAGAACCUUUGUUGGUGCUGUCCUCCUAGCAGGUAUUUCACAGCCAAUAAUAUGGCUUACCAAAGGGAACCCCCAAGCCAUAGUGCGCGGUGUCUUGUGGUUCUUUAACUCCCUUGCUUUAGGAGGGUUUGCUCGAGCCAUUCUUAUGGUGUUUGGUUCUUCUACGGGAAUAUGGUACAUUCUGUUGCAAAGUAGUCAAUUCCAUAUCAUGUACUACGCCUCGAGAACCCUUCCAAAUAUGUUUGCACUUCCUAUCACAACAUUUGCCUACACCCUGUUUGUGGCAUGUUUGAAAACAUCGCCUCAAGUGCGUAUAAGCCGGCGUUAUCGCUUGUGCCUUUACUUGCUCACCGUUGCAGGUGUCAUCUUCCGGUCAGAGAUUGCAGUCCUACUGGGUACAACAACAAUUUACCUCUGGGCUCAAGGGCGUAUAGGACUACACCGAGAAAUUAUCCCAGCAGGCAUUGGUGGUCUUCUAAUUGGCCUGACCACCACUGUGCUGGUUGACUCUUUCUUUUGGCAGGAGUUUCCACUGUGGCCUGAAUUGGCAGGUUUUGUAUACAAUGUUCUUCAAGGGAAGGCUUCUAACUGGGGCACUGAUCCAUGGUAUUAUUACUUUACAAGUGCUUUACCUCGCCUUCUCUUUAACCCCUUGGUCUAUCUCGUCUGUAUCCCCUUCGCUUGCGUGGCUCACCCAUUACGUCAAGCUGCCCGCUCUAUAGUCAUUCCUCUCGUCGCCUUCAUUGCCAUUAUGAGUUUCCAGCCUCAUAAAGAAUGGCGUUUUAUCAUCUACUCGAUACCCCCAUUUACCGGAGUUGCUGCUCUUGGAGCGUCAUAUAUUUGGUCUCGCCGAGCAAAAUCUAUUGUAUACUGCUUCCUUUCUAUUUUCCUUAUCCUUUCGACUUUGGCUUCAUACACAGUCUCAUUCUUCGUCCUCCUGCCAAUAUCCAUGUCUAACUACCCUGGCGGAGCAGCCAUGAAACAAGUCCAUAGCUACGCCCAUGGCUCCCAAGCGGUGAUCACCGUCCAUAUGGACACGUUAACAUGUCAGACUGGAGCGACGCAUUUCUUAGAAAUGCCAAUUCCCGAGUCCCCGAUGAUUCAUAUCCCUGGCUCCAAUGAUGGGAAAUUCCCCGAACUGAAGAGCGGAGAGUCAAGUUGGAUAUACGAUAAGACGGAGAAUGAGCUAGAAAAGCGAAACCCGAAGUUCUGGGAGAAAAUUGACUAUGCCCUAGUUGAAGAUGAGGCCAUCCUUUCGGGAAUGGGUAACUGGGAGCUUGUUGAUAAUGCCUAUGGGUAUGAUGGAAUCCGCAUUAUUCGGCCAGGCACUGGUGAUUGUUAUGCUUGCGGUGCCGAGGCUGUGAUUCUACGGGCACUCUUUGGAGAUACGGGUGUAGACUAUUGGGAGUCAAUAAAAGCCAGCGCAAGGAAAUACAUUACGCGUGGCUGGUGGGUGGAAGCUCGAGUAACUCCAAAAAUUAGGAUCAUGAAGCAUUUAAGAUAA